GCGCCGACGAGGAUUGUCGCGAACACGUCCUGCACACCAACACUGCGGUCGACUGAGGCCGUAUCCCGCGCGCAGUGCUCGUCCGAGGUCUGCCAGUCUGCCAGUCUACCAGUCUGCCAGUCUGCUAGUCUGCCAGUCUGCUAGUCUGCCAGUCUGCCACAGCUGCCCAAAGGACCCCGCCCGCGACCCGCAUCUCCAUGUCGCGAGCGGCCGCCACGUGAUUCACUGUCUGCCUGCAUCCCGAUCUUGGAGUGUCCACCAUGGCAGACCACCCCGAGCUGGCGGCUCGGCUCCAGGAGCUGGACCACGAGCUGGAGGAGGGCGACAUCACUCAGAAAGGCUACGAGAAGCGCAGGACGGUCCUCUUGUCGCAGUUCCUGGGCCCGGAGCACACGGCGCAGCUGCAGCAGGACCUGCGCCCGAGCCCGCCACCAAGCGAGCGCGCCGCAUCGCGCACCGCCUCGCGUACCGCCUCGCUCGCUGCCCUGUCCGGCCCCCAGGGUCCCGCCCUCGAUCCCCGCGCCAGCAUCGCCUCGUCCACCUUCGAGUAUGCGCCCGCGCCGCCGGCCGUGGGCGGUACGGUCGGGGGGACGUCCCAGUACACGGCCUACCCGCCCAGCCAGGUCGGCCGCUUCCAGGAGAAGCAGCUGGGCCUGCGCACGAGCUCGCUGCAGCGCGCCCCGUCCCAGGGCAGCGAGACGUUUCUUCCGCGCCCGCAGACGCCCGAGUACAGCUACUCGCGCGAGGGCACCCUGAUGGGGUCCAACUACGCGUUCAACCCCGACGCACACCCGCAGGGCUACGACGGCCACGGCCACGGCCACGGCCACGGCUCCGGGGCCUACGGGUCGCCUGGCGGCGGCGACGCAAGCCGACGGAGCACCAUGCUCGACGUGAACCAGGGCUACUUCUCCGACUUCACCGGCCAGCAGAUACAGGACCAGCCAGACGCGUACGGUGGCCCGCACCGCUACUCGUCUGGCGAUGCAUUCUCGCCGACCGCAGCCAUCCCCCCGCCCAUGAUGCACCCGAGCGAUCUCCCGCACGGCGCCAUCAUCCAGACCAUGAUGCCGCUCGAGCCGCGCGACCUGCCCUUCGACGUCUACGACCCGCACAACCCGAACAUCCAGAUGGCCAAGUUCGAUAACAUCGGCGCCGUCCUCCGGCACCGCGCACGCACACAGCCACGGCAGACAGCCUUUUGGGUCCUCGACUCCAAGGGCAAGGAGACGGCCUCGAUAUCGUGGGACAAGGUCGCCAGUCGUGCUGAAAAGGUUGCAAAGGUCAUCCGCGACAAGAGCAACCUGUACCGAGGCGACAGGGUGGCCUUGGUCUACAGAGACACCGAGAUCAUCGAGUUCGUGGUUGCCUUGUUGGGCUGUUUUAUUGCGGGCGUUGUCGCGGUACCCAUCAACAGCGUGGACGAUUACCAGAAACUCAUCCUCCUUUUGACCACCACCCAGGCGCAUCUUGCCCUGACAACCGACAACAACCUGAAAGCCUUCCACCGCGACAUCAGCCAGAACCGCCUCAAGUGGCCCAGCGGAGUCGAGUGGUGGAAGACGAACGAGUUUGGCAGCUAUCACCCUAAGAAGCACGAUGACACGCCAGCGUUGCAGGUCCCCGAGGUGGCCUACAUUGAAUUCUCACGCGCCCCAACUGGUGACCUUCGAGGCGUUGUCCUCAGCCAUCGCACCAUUAUGCACCAGAUGGCCUGUAUCAGUGCCAUAGUAUCCACGAUUCCCACAGGCCGAGAAACCGCAGACACAUUCAGCGGCAAUCUGCGAGACAAGAAUGGCAAGUUUAUUGCCCCGCCUCCGCGAAAAUCACCUACCGAGGUCAUUCUCAGCUAUCUCGAUCCACGCGAAAGCGCAGGCAUGAUCUUGGGUGUUCUGUAUGCUGUUUAUGGCGGACAUACUACCGUCUGGCUGGAGCCGCCAACCAUGGACACUCCCGGUCUUUACGCGCACCUCAUCACCAAAUACAAGGCGACUAUCCUUAUUGCAGACUAUCCAGGUCUGAAGCGCGCUGCGUACAACUAUCAACAGGAUCCAAUGGCCACGCGUAACUAUAAGAAGAACGCGGACCCCAAUUUUGGGUCCGUCAAGAUCUGUCUGAUCGAUACCCUCACCGUAGACUGUGAGUUCCACGACAUCUUGGGCGAUCGCUGGUUCAGGCCGUUACGCAAUCCACGCGGGCGAGAGUUGAUCGCACCCAUGCUUUGCUUGCCUGAACAUGGCGGUAUGAUAGUCUCUGUCCGCGACUGGUUAGGCGGAGAAGAGCGCAUGGGCUGCCCUCUAAGCAUCGAGGAAGAAGACGAUGUGGAUGACGACAAAGAGCUGGAGAACAAUGCGAAUAACUACUCGAGCCUGAUCGGCGGCGGGACAACCAACAAAAAGUCGAAGCGAAAGAAGAGCCGCAAUGAAUUGCUGGAGAUUCUUCUGGAUAAAGAAGCGCUCAAGAUGAACGAGAUUGUAGUGGUGGCGAUAGGCGAAGAAGCUAGCAAGCGUGCGAACGAGCCCGGCACUAUGAGGGUUGGAGCUUUCGGAUACCCCAUCCCAGACGCGACUCUCGCGGUCGUAGACCCAGAGACAAACCUGCUCUGCUCUCCAUAUAGUGUAGGAGAAAUCUGGGUCGACUCGCCAUCACUCUCAGGAGGCUUUUGGCAGCUGCAGAAGCACACCGAGACAAUCUUCCAUGCUCGUCCAUAUCGUUUCGUCGAAGGAAGUCCGACUCCGCAGCUAUUGGAGAUGGAGUUCCUCCGCACAGGACUCCUUGGAUGCGUGGUAGAGGGCAAGAUCUUCGUGCUUGGUCUUUAUGAAGACAGGAUUCGUCAAAGAGUCGAAUGGGUUGAGCACGGUGUGUUGGAAGCGGAGCAUCGGUAUUUCUUUGUGCAGCAUCUGGUCACAAGUAUCAUGAAGUCUGUGCCCAAGAUUUACGACUGCUCGGCCUUCGAUUCUUAUGUCAAUGGCGAGUACUUGCCCAUCAUCCUGAUCGAAACACAGGCUGCGUCGACAGCACCCACAAACCCGGGCGGACCACCCCAACAGCUCGAUGUGCCUUUCCUGGACUCUUUAUCGGAGCGCUGCAUGGAGGUGCUGUACCAGGAACACCACCUCAGGGUGUACUGUGUUAUGAUCACCGCACCCAAUACUUUGCCCCGGGUCAUGAAGAACGGAAGGCGAGAGAUUGGCAACAUGCUCUGCCGCCGAGAGUUCGACAACGGUUCGCUGCCUUGCGUUCACGUCAAAUUUGGCGUGGAGCGGUCAGUGCAGAAUAUCGCCCUAGGCGAUGAUCCUGCAGGAGGAAUGUGGUCUUUCGAGGCUUCCAUGGCUCGACAGCAGUACCUGAUGUUGCAGGAUAAGCAGUACUCGGGAGUCGACCACCGUGAAGUUGUCAUCGACGACCGCACAUCGACCCCACUCAACCAGUUCUCAAAUAUCCAUGACCUCAUGCAAUGGCGUGUGUCGCGUCAAGCAGAGGAGCUUUCUUACUGCACCAUCGACGGUAGAGGCAAAGAAGGCAAGGGCGUCAACUGGAAGAAGUUCGACCAAAAGGUCGCCAGUGUCGCCAUGUAUAUGAAGAACAAGGUCAAGGUCACGGCUGGCGAUCAUCUUUUGCUGAUGUAUACGCAUUCCGAGGACUUUGUGUAUGCCGUACAUGCCUGCUUCGUACUGGGCGCUGUGGCCAUUCCAAUGGCUCCCAUCGAUCAGAACAGGCUCAAUGAGGAUGCUCCUGCAUUGCUUCACAUCGUUGCGGACUUCAAAAUCAAAGCCAUCCUGGUCAAUGUCGAGGUCGAUCACCUGAUGAAAGUCAAGCAGGUUUCGCAACAUCUCAAGCAAUCCGCGGCUAUUCUCAAGGUCAACAUACCGCACGUGUACAAUACCACAAAACCACCUAAGCAGUCAAGUGGGUGUCGCGAUCUGGGCCUGACAAUUAGGCCUGCUUGGGUCCAAGACGGCUACCCGGUCCUUGUUUGGACGUACUGGACACCAGACCAACGGCGAAUCGCUGUGCAACUGGGUCACAGCAACAUCAUGGCCCUCUGCAAGGUUCAAAAAGAGACGUGUCAGAUGACAAGCACAAGACCAGUUCUGGGAUGUGUACGAAGUACCGUUGGUCUCGGCUUCAUACAUACCUGCAUCAUGGGCAUCUUCCUAGCAGCACCUACCUACCUCGUUUCACCAGUCGACUUUGCCCAGAAUCCCAACUUGCUGUUUCAGACCAUGUCCCGGUAUAAGAUCAAGGACGCGUAUGCGACAAGUCAGAUGUUGGACCACGCCAUAGCACGAGGUGCUGGCAAGACAAUGCACCUUCACGAGCUUAAGAACCUCAUGAUUGCCACCGACGGCCGACCUCGCGUGGAUGUCUACCAACGGUGUCGUGUGCACUUUGCUCCCGGCAACCUCGACCGCACCGCUAUCAACACGGUCUACUCUCAUGUUCUGAACCCCAUGGUCGCGUCACGGUCGUACAUGUGCAUCGAGCCGAUCGAACUGCAUCUUGACGUCAACGCAUUGCGACGCGGUUUGAUCAUGCCUGUGGACCCAGAUGUCGAGUCAAAUGCACUACAAGUACAAGACUCUGGUAUGGUGCCCGUGAGCACACAGAUCAGCAUCGUCAACCCAGAGACCAACCAGCUCUGUCUGGUCGGCGAGUACGGUGAGAUCUGGGUCCAGUCUGAAGCCAACGCACACAGCUUCUACGGCUCUAAAGAGCGACUGGACGCCGAGAGAUUCAACGGAAGGACCCUUGACGGCGAUCCAAACGUCAGAUACGUGCGUACUGGAGACCUUGGUUUCUUGCAUAACGUCACGAGGCCUAUCGGUCCUGGUGGCGCACCUGUCGACAUGCAAGUUCUCUUUGUACUUGGCAGCAUCGGAGACACUUUCGACGUCAAUGGUCUGAACCAUUUUAGUAUGGACAUCGAGUCAUCGGUCGAGCGUUGUCACCGCAACAUCAUACCUCAAGGCUGUGCUGUGUUUCAAGCUGGAGGUCUAGUUGUGGUUGUUGUGGAGAUUUUCCGCCGCAACUUCCUUGCGUCAAUGGUGCCUGUCAUCGUGAACGCCAUCCUGAACGAGCACCAGCUCGUUAUUGACAUUGUCGCAUUCGUGCAGAAGGGCGACUUCCACCGCUCACGUCUCGGUGAGAAGCAGCGAGGCAAGAUCCUCGCAGGCUGGGUCACACGCAAGAUGCGCACCAUCGCGCAAUACAGCAUCCGAGAUCCUAAUGGCUCCGAUGUGCAAAUGAUCAGCGAAGAGCCUAUUGGCCGCGUAAGCACAUCAACCUUCAUGCGAGGGCCAGCCAGCACCAAGGGUUCUCUGCGGGCCAGCAGCACUCUUGGGCUCACAGCACAAGCACAGCUGAACAGCAUGCACCUCUCUCACCGCGCCUCGAUGCAAGAGCUCUCCUCCCAGCAGCAGCCCCAAUACCCGCCAGGCGUUGCCGAAAUGCCAGGGCAGCCACAGCAAGCCUACGCGAACUACCCAUCCCAACAAAGCAUCCACGAGCUCGAAAACCGCACCCAAUCCCUAUCCCUGGACCCUAACCACCCCGGCCUCUCCCCCGAAGACGCAGACAGAAACGACCGCACACCCACGGACCUGCGUCGCGACUUCCUCCCCAAUCCCAGCCUGCAACACAACUCCAUGAUGGACUACUCGCCAGUCGACCCUGCAGGCGCAGGCGUCUUCGACAGCCCAAUCGAUGGUCCCGCUCACCAUCACUACCAGCAACACCAGCGAUAUCCGCAAGAAACAUACCACUCGCAGGACCAAUACCAUCCACAGGACCCAUACCAUCCGCAAGAAUCAUACCAUUCGCAAGAACCAUAUUAUCCCCAAGACCCCUCCGCCAUUCCAUCAAUCCUGCGCGUCGGCAGCGCAAAGCCAGACGAGCCCAUGCAGUACCAGCCCAUGCAGUCCCAGCACCCUGCUCCCCAGCAGCAGCAACAGCAGCAGCAGCAACAGCAACAGCAGUACCAGCUACACGACCCCGCGCACUCGCCAGCGCGGCGGUACUCCAGCGAGGACGACAGAUAUAACAGGAGCGGCGGCGGGUUGAGAGUUGCGAACCGUGACUCCUCCACGAGUGCGGAUAGUUGGACUAGGGAUGCGUUGGCGCAGAUGGAUUUCGCGGGGGGCGCGGCGGGGAUCGCGAAGUAGAUUGGUGAGGGUGGUGGAGGUAAGAUAGGGGUUGGAUUGGGUUGGAUAGAUGAUUGAAGAAUGAAUGAGAUAUUUUUAUAAGUUGGACGUGAUGAGGGGGGUUGUACUGGCGAUGCUGUGUUGUGCGUUGCUCCUCUCUCCUCUUCGACGCGGGACGUUCUAAGCUCGCUCCCGGCGGGCUUCACUUGCGAUACUCACACAGUAAGUAGAAUCGCAUGGAACCAAGUGAGUACGAUCGUGGGUUUGCUGGCGUUGACUGGUCAGCUACCAGCGCUGCAACAUCUCAACGAGUGAUGUCGUUCGUAUUGCGCGUGCUUUCUUUCUGAAGCCAGAGAAAGCCUUUCCACCCUCACCGUACUGCAUAGUUGUCGCAGAGAACCAGCCCUAUAUGAGCAGCCUA